AUGGAAAAGAAUACUAGAAUGCCUCAGGACAAUGGAAAACUGGAAAUUUAUUGUUCAUUCCAUGUGGAAGUCGGCAUGCAACUUUAUUUACGUCACAGACCAUGGUGGGAAAGCAGAAAGGCGCCGCCGACCGUAAAAUUGUUGCGUGACAAAGCUUUCCCGUUUUAUGCAUGUUGUGUUGUAAAACUAUGA